UGUGUUCCUGAGACCGGAAGUGAAAUCUUUAACGAUGGAGGGGAGAAAUUAUGGUGUAGCGAUUUUUAUUUUAUUUUUGGAUAAAUAUUAAUGAAAUAUAUUACUGGAUUUUGCGACGUGACAGUUAAAAAUUUCCUGGUUUAACGAUGGUCAGCUUAUCUAACGAAUCGAGACACACAGGGGGCUAUUUUUUCAAUGAGGAUGGAUCAGGACAGAACAAAGAUACAGAAGACUUACUGUCAGAAAGUCCUGCUUUAAGUGCAGAAUUGGAUCCCCCUUUUAGAAAAAUUCACAUAGUUUGGGCUAUUGUAGUGGAAAUACUACUCUUUACUGGUCUGGUCAUAGCUACCUUUGUACUACCACAUAUUGAAGUCUUACAGCCUGAUAGAAAUACUACAAAACAUGAUGGAAAACAUUUAGGAGCACAUAUUGAUGAAAUAUCCGUAGCCUGUUAUGUCCAUGGAGGACUUUGGUUUGUCCUGCUUGGGUUUGAUCGAUAUUUGAGAUACCACCAUUACAGACACAGAAUGUGUGGAUAUCUGGAAUUUUAUAGAAGAACGAGACAUUUACGUAAAAUACCUUUGCUAGCAAAUUCAGCAGGUAAUGCUGCCUUAUUAGUAGUACUGAAGAUUUUACAAGAUUUAAAUGGAAGCCACACAGAUCUAUAUAUAGAAAUAGUGAUUGCCUUGGAGGCUGUGCUAGCUGUGUCAGUGCUGAUGAUUUAUCUUGUAAAAACCGUAAAGUUUAAUAGUUUAUUGAUGUCCCCAGAUGUCGCUCAAGAUGAAAUGAUUUCUAGUUUCAUGCAGAACAGUGGUACUUCAGAGAUUGGUUUUAGUUUUGGAUGUAAUGAUAUUGGAUUUAAAGAUGAGAAUUAUUCAGAUCAAGUAUUAGAGAAACAAGCAGAUAUGAUACGAUAUCUCAAACAACACAAUUCACAGCUUGGGAAACGUAUUCUAGCUUUGAAUGCUGAAAAUAAUGCAUUGAGAUCUCAGAUCGGUCAGAGAUAAUGUUCAAAUGUUUAAUGUUACAUUUAUGUCCCAUGACAAGCUUCAUAUACAUCAAUAAAUGUCACGCCAAAUUCUACAAAUAUGUACUCGAUUAACUGU